GCUCCAUUCUCCACUUCGCUCUGAGCCAAUACUGUAAGGAGAGAGAGUGUGUGUGGGUGGUUGUCUGUAAAUUGAUAAGAAGUAAGGGGGAGAAGAGUGAACUUCAAAAGCGCCGAAGAAGACAAAGGGAGAAGAUCCGGCGGAAGGCCCCACAGCCGGAAACCGACGUCUUUCCUUCGCCGUUCAUGACCGUCGGCAAGCAAUCGGAAUCCUCCGGCCGAAAACUUAACCUAAUGGAUACACUCAAUCUCUAUGAUGAUCGCGACCAAGACCUCGUGCGGUCUUCCAUGCCGGUUCCUUCACCUGCCUACGGGCUUCACCAGGUCGCUUUCCGACACCACAACAUCCAAGACGGCGCUCCCACUUCAUCUCGCGGCCUGGCUUCUUACCUUGCCAACGUUCAACUUUGCAAAGACGCGAUCGGGGGCCGACGGGAUGAAGCGGCAGUUGAGGGGUUCAAGAAGGAAAUGAAGGAUUUGGAGGACCUUUUGUCGAAGUUAAACCCUAUGGCGGAGGAGUUCGUCCCUUCGUCGCUUGCCGGGCAUGGGAAUGGCAGCGGUUGGCGUUAUUCUAACGCAUUAGGGUUUCAGAACGCGGACGCUGAGAUCAACGCUGGUCAUAGCAAUAGGAAGAGGAGUACCUACUGUCAAGAAAAGAGGAGGAUGAAUAGUCGGACUAAUCUGGCGCAAAGAGGAGAGGUGAUCAGAAGGACAGUUUAUGUUUCGGAUAUUGAUCAUCAGGUCACUGAAGAACAGCUUGCGACACUCUUCAUUAAUUGUGGACAGGUUGUUGAUUGCCGUAUCUGUGGUGAUCCCAACUCAAUCCUUCGUUUUGCUUUCAUAGAGUUCACUGAUGAAGAUGGCGCAAGCGCUGCUUUAGGUUUGUCUGGUACAAUGCUUGGAUAUUACCCUGUCAGGGUGCUUCCUUCGAAAACUGCUAUUGCACCUGUGAAUCCAACGUUUUUGCCAAGGUCUGAAGAUGAGCGUGAGAUGUGUGGGAGGACUGUCUAUUGUACAAAUAUUGAUAAAAAGGUUACUCAAUUGGAUCUGAAGCUCUUCUUUGAAUCACUGUGUGGGGAGGUCUAUCGGUUGAGGCUGUUAGGAGACUAUCAUUACUCUACUCGGAUUGCCUUCGUUGAGUUUGUGGAGGCCGAUAGUGCAACCGCAGCUCUCAACUGCAGUGGUGCAACCUUGGGUUCCCAGCCAAUCAGAGUUAGCCCUUCGAAGACUCCAGUUCGCCCGCGACCUCCUCGAUAUGCCGCACUUCGAAUGUGAUAUAUAGGGCAGUCUUGCAAGUAUAGGGACACAGACACAUCAUGUGCUGUUUUCUUGCUUGUUUUCAUUUAGGGUUUAGUCUUAACAGCCUUCUCACAACUUCUCGUAACUUCUCAUAAUUCCUGUAAUUAUGUUUUCAUAGACUUUACUUGUCAUAAAGCUGAGACCGGUUAUCCUUAACGAUCAAUUUUUAACAUUUGU